AAUAUGGAAGGCGCUUUGCUGUAUUUURCUGUUUAAGACCGCGGUGUUCUAAACACUUUCGUAUAACGGUUUUAAAGCGGCAGCGCCACUUUUCGAGACAGGAGCAUGGCGGACGUCAGCUGUCCGACAUCCCUGGUAUCUCUCGGCCGGGCGCUGUCUCAACCGUCCCUCAAUCUUUUAGAAACAAACGAUACGUCUCCGACAACCUCUCAGCUGCACCCAUGCCGGAGGAGAAAGCUGUCGAGCUGCAGCUCGAUCGAGAACGGGGACCCGGUCACUUCGCUGUUCGCCGACGAGUCCCGUGUCCUGGUCAUCAACACCGGGGGAACCAUCGGGAUGACGUUACAUGAUAACGUUCUUGCCCCCAAAGCCAAUGCUCUGGUGCAAAGCCUGCGCAAACUGCCCAUCCUGCACGAUGAGCUGUACGCCCAUCAGACCUCCAUGUAUCAGUACUACGGUUCUGAGAACUCCCUGGUCCUGCCAUUGAAUAAAUUAAAUAGGAGGAUAAUCUACACCAUCCUGGAGUACAGUCCUUUGCUGGACUCCUCUAAUAUGACCACAGAUGACUGGGGCAGAAUUGGAAAGGACAUUGAGAAAAACUAUGAAAACUAUGAUGGAUUUGUGAUUCUUCAUGGGACAGACACUAUGGCUUACACAGCCUCAGCCCUGUCCUUCAUGUGUGAGAAUUUGGGGAAACCAAUAAUUCUCACCGGCUCCCAGGUGCCCAUCUACGAGCUGAGGAAUGACGGCAGAGACAACCUGCUGGGGGCACUGCUCAUCGCUGGCCAGUUUGUUAUUCCUGAGGUGUGUUUAUAUUUCUUCAACAAACUCUACAGAGGGAAUCGCGUCACAAAAGUGGAUGCUGGGAGCUUCAACGCGUUCUCCUCCCCUAACUUGGCUCCUCUGGCGACAGCUGAAGUUGAUAUUUCAAUCAGCUGGGAUACUGUUUGGAGGGCAAACACCACAGCAAAGUUUCAAGUCCGAACAGAGCUGAACCGGAACGUGGGUCUGCUUCGGCUCUUCCCAGGAAUCACUGCUUCUACUGUCAGGGCUUUCCUGCAGCCCCCCAUGCAGGGUGUCGUUCUGGAGACCUACGGGAGUGGGAAUGCCCCCGAUAAUCGUCCUGACCUGCUGGAUGAACUGAAGAAAGCGACUGACGCUGGCGUCAUCAUCAUGAACUGCACACAGUGUCUGAGGGGGACUGUGUCAGCGUCCUACGCCACCGGCAUGGUGUUGAUGGACGCAGGGCUGAUAGCCGGGGGUGACAUGACUCCUGAGGCUGCUUUGUCAAAACUCUCCUACAUCUUGGCCAAGAAAGAGCUUAGUCUGGAGGCCAAGAAAAAGAUGAUGGCUGAGAACCUGCGAGGCGAAAUGAGCGCUAAUCUCGACGGAGCCAAAYUGUGUCUGAGUGACAGCCAGUUUAUCCAGGUCAUCGCCAAGUCGCUGAGCAUCAGCUGCAAGGAGGAGCUGGAAGCCAUCCGUGAUGCUCUAACUCCCCCGCUGGCAUGUGCUGCUGCGAAGAUCGGAGACAUAGAAGCCUUGAACGCCCUAAAAGAAAUGGGAAGUAACUUGUGUUURGGUGACUUUGAUGGACGGACGCCUCUACAUAUCGCUGCCUGCGAGGGUCACUUCAAACUUGUGCAGUACCUCCUCAGUAAUGGAGCCUCGGUCCACUCUAAGGACCGCUAUGGGGACACACCUCUGUGCAAUGCUGUGCGCUUUAGCCUGGCAGCCAGCGGUGACAUAGAUGGCUUGGAAAUCUGGAUCCUGGCCGGGGCGGAUCUGAAUAAGCCAGGCUACGAUGGAAAGACGGCAGAUCAAGUGGCUGAGGCUGCCGGCAGAAAGGAAGUGGUGAUGUUUUUAGUCCAGCUCAAAGGCACCAAAUCUAUGACAGUAUUUGGUGAAUUUAAUGAGUAUGAUGAAUAUGAUGAUGAUGAUGAGAACUCUGACACAAUCGAGUUCACCGCCAUCCCAACAGAAAACUGAACCAGCACCACCUGGUCUGAGGAGAACCUCUCCAGUCCCUCCACCACACGCCGUCCACCGUUGGAUUUUAUUUUUUUAAAUGUCUGCACUCUACAUAUGCUUGGCUGCUUUAGUGUUUUCAUCCAAACUUGUAUUAUUGUGUGUAAAUUUAGCUUUUAUUUGACCUGAAAGGCCAAAAAAAACCAACAUAAAAUUAAAAAUUGUGCAUGUUUGCAGAAAGAUGUUACAGCGUUGAAUGUUUUAUUUAGAUGUUCKUACGAACAGAGAUGUUUAAUCAGGGAAUCAGGGUAAACUUCACCAGAGCUGUUUUUAAAAGUCACAUGAUCGUAACAAAUAUGUUUUUAUACCAAAAUCAAAAGGUGUGUGAUGUUUCACAUGAUAGUGUGUUUUCACAAAUUCUGUUUUUAAUUGUUGUUGUUGCAAGAUUAUAAAAAGCACCUUGUAAAAUCAGAUUUUUUUUUAUUCUGUAUUGAAAACAAUCGAAUGCAAUAAUUUCCUCCUCUGUCAAUGAACUGUUUAAGUUGUUAAACUGAGAUUUUCACUUGCUGCUGCUGAACAGACAUUAAAAAGCUGCAGUUA